AUGUCGCUCUUUCGGUCAUUGGAGGCGACAACGGGCAUGCCUCUCAUGACGCCGGAGCGAGAGGCUGCGUUUAGAGCCGAAAGUCGAGUAGGCGAGGUGUACGUAAUUCACAUCAUCUUCUUUAUACUAUCGAUUCUGUCCGUCUGCGCUCGGAUGGCUGCGGCAAGGCAGUCUGGCCGGAGGCUGUCCUGGGACGACUGGCUGUCGGUAAUAUCACUAGUGUUCAUUAUCGGUGUAUUUACCGGCACAAUGUUCUGGCUCAAAUUCGGGCUCGGCAGACACGAAGUGGUUGUCCAAGAGGAAGAUCCCAUGAACAUCACACAUUUUUACCAGACUAUUUUCGCCAACGAGAUUAUGUAUCCAAUGGGACUCGCUAGCGCGCGGCUAUCGCUAGUGAUAUUAUACCACCGCAUCUUUGGACUUUUCACUGCAAGAUACUACUUGUACGGUCUCAUGUUUUUCAUCGGAGCAUGGGCAAUUUACGCAACCGUACCAACGAUCAUCGCUUGCAUACCCGUGCAGAACUUCUGGACUACACACAAAAAUUGUCUCGACCUGUCUAAAUUGUACAUCAGUAUAGCAGUUGGCAGCAUUGUGACCGACUUUGUGUUGAUACUCAUUCCGAUACCCUACGCCAUGAGGCUGACAAUGUCACCUCUCAAGAAGAUGUUUCUUAUUUCGUCCUUUGUCUUUGGCGGUUUCAAUUGCUUCGUCACGAUUAUACGGCUGGUCAAAGUUUCCACCUUUGACUACAAAGAUCCCACGUGGGGCACUGUCGAUCUGAUGAUUUGGACAGGAUUAGAAGCGUAUUGUGCCGUGAUAUGUUGCUGCCUACCAACACUUCGACCCUUACUCCACCUCGUUUGCAGCAGAACGUCCAAGAACUCUGAUCGCAAUGGUGCCGAAAUGAGCCAGCCUGAAAUGUAUCUUAAAAUGCCACCUCAGGUGGCAUCUCGCUCAUCCGAGGAGGCCCUCGAGGAAUACGAUUUUGUGAAGAUGAGUCUCGCAGAUCUUCAGCAGUACAGCCGGCGGACCAUGAUCGAAGCUGGAGGGACGGCCCUGGUGUAUAGACAGCCGUAG